UGAACGGACCAGAACUCUGCUGACCUAACUGGACUAGACCAUACUGGGCUGUGCUUUUUUUCCCUUUCUUUUUUUUAAUUUUUGGUUAAUCCACAUGUGUGACUAUUGAAUUUUGCCAGGGAGAUCUGGGCUCAAAUCGACUGAAUUUGCAAAGUUAAACUCUUUCUGGGCUUCAUGUUACCGGACUGGGAGGAGUUCUCCUGCAGGUCUGGAGGAUAGAGAGCUGGAAUGGAAUUCCCUGCCUUUUCCUAUCCUGCCCUCCCUCUCGCCUUUUUUCAUCCUGCCUUCAUCUUCUCUCUUACACUUUCACCGCAGACAUCCAGUAUUGAGCAGACAAAGGCAGCUGGCUUCUGUGCUUCUUUUUUUUUCAUGGGGAAUAAGGGAGGAGAGGGAGCUCCCCUUCUGUUUUAAUUCAUCUGUGUUUGCAAAAAGGAAGAUGCCAGUGUGACAAAUUACCUGCAGAUUUUUUUUUUCAGAGAGAAGACUUUGGAUUAUUAUUAUAUUAUUUUCAGCUUCUAAACUGACUUUUUCUUAAGAAAUGUACACCUCUAGUACUUAAAUUACUUUAUUUUUGACAUUUUUCUCAACGGCCCUCACGUCCUAUUCAAAUUGCUGCUGGUGGAGCCCGUGGUGGUGAAGCCGGGGUAGGCAUGGCGCAGCAGGGAGGCACGGGGGUGGCCCACCAGGACACCCUGGCUGUGCCUCCAAUGCCGAAACACUCCGGCCUGAACGAAGACCUGGUGAAGAUCCUGCGGGAGAACCUGCUGCAGCCAGAUAGGCCGCGGGUACACCGGCGGUCGCCAUCCUCCAUCUCCCCACGCCUCUCUCCUCGCAACUCCCCGCGACUGCUCCGACGCAUGUUGCUCAACAACAACAUCCACAAACAGAGGCGCUUCACUGUUGCACACACAUGUUUCGAUGUGGACAAUGGUACGUCAUCAGGUCGAAGCCCCCUGGACCCAAUGGCCAGCCCUGGCUCAGGCCUCAUCCUGCAGGCCAACUUUGUCCACAGCCAGCGAAGAGAGUCGUUCCUCUACCGCUCUGACAGUGACUACGACCUCUCCCCCAAGUCCAUGUCCCGAAACUCCUCCAUUGCCAGUGACAUUCAUGGUGACGAUAUGAUUGUAACGCCAUUUGCACAGGUUCUUGCAAGCUUGAGAACUGUACGGAACAACUUUGGUGCAUUAACUAAUCUACAGCAAGAUAGAGCAUCUAAUAAGAGAUCACCCAUGUGUAACCAACCCCCCAUUACCAAGACCACCUUUACAGAGGAGGCCUACCAGAAACUGGCCACCGAGACGCUGGAGGAGUUGGACUGGUGCCUGGACCAGCUGGAGACGCUACAGACAAGACAUUCGGUCAGCGAGAUGGCCUCGAACAAGUUUAAAAGGAUGUUGAAUCGGGAGUUGACUCACCUGUCAGAGAUGAGCCGCUCUGGGAACCAAGUGUCUGAGUUCAUCUCCAGCACGUUUCUCGACAAGCAACAUGAGGUAGAGAUGCCGUCACCACAGACGCAAAAGGAGAAGGAGAAGAACAAGCCCAUGUCUCAGAUAAGCGGAGUGAAAAAGCUGCAACACUCCUCCAGCCUCACAAACUCAAACAUCCCUCGCUUCGGCGUCAAAACGGAGACCGAGGAUGAGUUGGCGACGGAGCUGGAACAUGUGAAUAAAUGGGGCCUUAAUGUUUUUAAAAUCUCAGAAUUCUCUGGGAAUCGGCCACUGACAGUCAUGAUGUACACAAUAUUUCAGGAGAGAGACUUGUUAAAAACGUUCAAGAUUCCACUCGACACCUUUAUAACAUACCUGAUGACCUUAGAAGACCAUUAUCAUGCCGAUGUGGCCUACCAUAACAACAUCCAUGCUGCUGACGUCACCCAGUCAACUCACGUGCUGCUAUCUACCCCUGCCCUUGAGGCUGUGUUCACAGACCUUGAGAUCCUCGCUGCCAUCUUUGCCAGUGCAAUUCACGACGUGGACCAUCCCGGAGUCUCAAACCAGUUCCUCAUCAACACCAAUUCAGAGCUAGCCUUGAUGUACAACGACUCAUCAGUGUUGGAGAACCACCACUUAGCAGUUGGUUUCAAGCUACUGCAAGAGGAGAACUGUGACAUCUUCCAAAACUUGACCAAAAAACAGCGACAAUCACUGCGAAAGAUGGUCAUUGACAUCGUGCUAGCAACAGACAUGUCCAAACACAUGAAUUUGCUGGCGGACUUGAAGACGAUGGUUGAAACAAAGAAAGUGACCAGCUCCGGUGUGUUGCUGCUGGACAACUACUCUGACAGGAUACAGGUUCUCCAGAACAUGGUCCACUGUGCAGACCUGAGCAACCCCACCAAGCCUCUCCUGCUUUACCGACAGUGGACGGACCGCAUCAUGGAGGAAUUCUUCAGCCAAGGGGACAGAGAAAGAGAGAGGGGGAUGGAGAUCAGCCCCAUGUGUGACAAACACAACGCCUCUGUAGAAAAGAACCAGGUUGGGUUCAUAGACUAUAUCGUCCACCCCCUGUGGGAGACGUGGGCCGACCUUGUCCAUCCGGACGCACAAGACAUCUUGGACACGUUGGAGGACAACAGAGAGUGGUACCAAAGCACUAUCCCCCAAAGUCCAUCUCCGACUUUAGAUGAGCCGGAGGACGGCACUCGACCUCCUGGGGUGGACAAGUUUCAGUUUGAGCUGACCCUGGAGGAGGACGGGGAGUCAGAUACUGAAAAGGAUAGUGGCAGCCAGCCAGAGGAGGAGGAGGAGGAAGAAGAGGAAGAAGAGGAGGAGGAAAACAGCUGUACUGACUCAAAAACACUCUGCACACAGGACUCUGAAUCGACAGAGAUACCUUUGGACGAACAAGUGGGGGAGGAUGAUGAUGACGACGAUGAGGAGGGGGAUGCAGAAGAGGAGGGGGAAACACCCUGCUCAGAAGCAUGUGAUGCAGACAAAGAGGCAGCAGAGAAGGAAGAGGAGGAGAAAUCCCCUGAUACAUAGCAGUUAUGAACAGCCUCUGAUUAACUGUUCCUCUUAGUAAUGACAGAUUAUAAUUUAUAGAAUAUUUUUUGAGUUUUGUGAAAUCUGUUUUUUAUACGUCUGUGUUUCCAAAGCGUGUGCUGCUCCCCACCCCAAGUUACUCUUCUCGUCGGCUUUAUUUAGACAUGCCCAUUGGUACUACUUCAAGUUUUUUUGCACUCAGGUAAAAUUCCCUUUCAUUCCCAUGACUUAAGAUGCGGACGGUCAUACAUCACAUCUGUUUCCUUCUUUCUGCUUUCGUCUCAGCCUUGCCUAAAAGUUCGCCUGUGUCUUUAUGUUUUACGAAGUGCCAAUAACUCCAAAGAGUCGGUUAUUGGUAGGAGUCUCCCUUUUAUUUUUAUAUAUUUUCUCGAGGGUAGGUCAUUUUCGCCCUCUUCCACGAUAAACUAGAAAGCAUGUUUUGUUUAAAACCUUACGGGUUGCUGCAGCACAUUUGGGAGCUUUUUAAACCACAUUUACGAUGCGAAAGUCUUCCUCCAUAACCUGACUUACUAAAAGCUAAAAUCUGGACCACCAUGUAGUCAUUUUUUUGGUGUUGUAUGAAAGAUUCCGAUGUUUUCUAUAAUUUAAUUUUGCAAUCAGAGACGUGCAGGAACCUCGCAGAAACGUAGAGGGAGAAAUGUGUCAGAUGUUGAGCAUUUUGAAGGCUGUUCAGAGCUGUUUGCACUUGCUCCAACAGCAUUUACACUCCUAUACCACUAUACUUCUGUUCCAUUAGUUCUAUGUCUUAAAACCUGUAUUUUCUUUCUAACAACUUUUAUUUUAGAGAGAAUUUUCUCUGAGAAGGAAGCAGAAACCUGAGUUCUUAUGCUUUGCUUCUCAUGGGAAUCGUUCAAAACCCGAAGUAAGCCCUUAGCUGUUUUUCUUAUUGUUGCCUGUAGUUCUUUUGAACACAUCCUAAAACAAUGCAAUGCUUUGUAGUUAAUACAAAAAGCACCUUUUUUAGAGGUUUGACUAGUGCUCCAAGUGUUUAGAAAUAGUAAUGGUGAUGAGAAUGACUAGGGUGGUUUUAUAACAAAGUUAAGAAAACUUAGUUUUAUUUUCGUAGUUGUUUGGUUUAUACAUCAGUAGCUGCUGCUUAUCUUCAGCCACCUAUGAUUAAUUUUGCAUCAGAUUAUUGCCAUUAACUCGACUAUACUGUCUUUGUUUUCAACAAGACAAUCAGCUCCAAAGCAGAGUUUCCAGAAUAAUACUAUUCUCUACAGUUAUACAGGUGCAUCUCAGUAAAUUAAUACAUUGCUGAAAAGUACAUUUAUUUCAGCAAUUCAAUUCAAAAAGUGAAACACACAGAGUAAUAUAUUUCUUGUAUAUAUUUCAGUUUUGUUGAUUAUAGCUGACAGCUAAUGGAAAUCUAAGAUCAGAUCAUAUUGCAUUAGAUAAAUAAAAACAGGAUAAGUCAUACACAAACGUUAUCUUAUGUUUACACACUCAUGGGAAAGGCUGCUACCAUGACACCUCCAUUAGGAUGGUAAGCCACAAAAAGUCAUUGCUAGAGAAGCUGGCUGAUCACAGAGGGAUGUAGGUAAGAAUGGUGAUGGAAAGUUGAGUGGAAGGAAAAAUUGGUAGAAAAAGGUGUGCUAGUUAUUUGAUAAACGUUUUGAGAAGUUUGGAUUUUAAAUAUCUAUUAGCCAUCAUCAGCACAAUUAACUGAAAUAAACGUUUUUAUUAUCUCACUAAUUGCGUAAUAAUUCAAAAUGAGUUUUUUACUUUUUUAACUCAAAUUACUGAAAUAGACAAGAUUUUUUAAUGAUACUCUAAUUUACUGAGAUGCACUUGCAUUCAAAUGCACUAAUGCAUUUGCAUACCACCUCUUUAAUAUUUUAGACACAUUCAAACACUGAUUUGUGAUUGAACGCAGGCUUACAACAUCCUUGUCUACUCUUUUCCAUGUUUCUAAAAAUUUAUUUAAUCUCUCUAACCUGAUGCUGUUAUUUAUUGGUAAAUAUUUUUCUAGUUGUUGGGUUUGUUUUGAAAUAUAAAGGUGGUACAGUCGAUAUUUCACUGUAGCAUAGAUAGAACACAAGCUUGCCAGUUAUUACACCCAAAUACAAAUUUUUUGUUUCCCCUUGUACAGAAAAUAUUUUGGAAAUUAUUAACUAAAGUAAGGAAAAAAAACAAAAAAAAAAACCACUUGAAAUACUGCACACUGCUUCUUCAAAGAAGUCUUGUUUUACUUAUAUGCCAUUUGAAAAAAAAUAUUUCACUUUUUAUUUUGUGCCAAUAUUUUAUUUUAUUUUAUUUUAUUCUUUUCAUUUUCACCCAAUGCCCUUACCUGUAAUCAAAAUUUCUGGUUUAUUGCUGUUUACAAACAUAUUUAUUGUGCUGUAUAUAAUAUAUAAUUCUUAAUGUUAUUACUAUCAAAAUGCAGUUUGCUGUAAAUGGUUGAUUUUUAUCAUCCCUUUUGGUGAUAGCGUGGCUGUAUUAUGUACCUCUUGUUGAGAGAAUGUUUAUUACCACAUGAGCUUCAGUGUAAAACACAAAAAGGAAAAAGAAAACGCUCCAUUGACUCGUCGCUCGCCUGAGAACAAGCUCAGAGAGGAGAGGAAGAGAGAAAAUAAGUGGGAGGGGAUAGCCAAAUAGUUUUUUUUUUAAAGAAGCUGUUCCUUGGCCCAUGGGCUGUGCCUUAAAUUUAAAACAUCAUUUACUUUUUAGCCUUUUUUUUUUUUUGUAAAUUAUCUAGUUCUCCUUUGCUGCAUUUGGUGAAUUUCUUGGCUUUGGUUGGCCUGAUGACUUGUGGAGAAAUGUUGCCUUUUUUCAUUAGUCACAGUUAGGAGCAGAUGUUUGUUGAGGUGUUCGGAUUCACCACAAGUCAUACAUUCACUACAUGAGUGAUUGUGGCCUGCAGCUGGAUGUCAAAGACUCGUAUUUUGCUGUAGGCCUGGUCUAUACGGCUCACACUAUCCUGAAGCUCCACCUCUACACUUAACGACGUGAGUCAAGCUGUGUAAUGAGGAAAUGUAUUGUCUGAUUUCUGAUUGGAUCACAGCUUAAUCUUUAACAAAACACUGAAUGGGGCGCAACUGCGGUGUGUAGUUGGUGCUUGACAAUGGCAAAACGAAGCACAGAGGCUUUGGAACACAUCUGCACGUUCAGCCACUGCUGCAAAAAUUCUGGCUGAAACACUUGACGGCGUGUUGCUCAUCCAUGCUCGGCCCACACUCACGUUACCUGCAAUAUCCAGAACCACUGACAUGUUUCUGGGGGUCGGUCAUAUUUCUGUACUGAAGAGAGUGGGGGGACUGCAUCAUUGUCCUGAAAGCAGGACUCUUAUUUUGACACACAUACUGUAGAUUUUAAACAGCCCUGGACCAAUGGAAAUAGUGGGUUCUUUUCUCAUUAUGUGUUCUAUUUUUUUAUGGUGUGCAAGGAAAACACAAACUGUAACUUCAGAAAACAAAAAAUGGUCUUCAGGACAAUUAUUUUUUUGGGUUAUGUCUUUAGAAUGCCAACUUGUCUGGACGUUUCACAGGACAAUUAAAAUGUUAUUUUGAUGGAUUCCUUGUUAAUCGCAGUCUAUUGGAUAGCACUGUAGAUCAUACAACUUUAUCUACAAAACAAACAAAAAGAAUGAAAAAAGUUUUUAUAUGCAAUGGAAUAAAUAAAAGCAUGGGUUGAUUCUGCCUACCUA